AUGUCUCUCUGUGAUAAGUUUAUGGCUUUCACGCUUGAGGAUGAAAAUCAGGACCCGCAAGAUGACCAGCAUCUGAAGAAUGGUCAGGAGUCCCAGGUGGAGGGGAGGAAGAAAAAAGUUCCCUUGUCCAGCACUGCCUCUGUCCUCCUUGAGGACACCACAGGAGAGGUAGCAGCUGCUGGAGUGUUUAGUGUUCCCAAGGGUCCCCACCAGAGUUCACUCAGGGCCAGUCAUUUCCAGGGGACCAUGGCUGCCACUCCAGAGAACCAUCCCUUGAAGGGCAGUGCCAGCAGCAGGCAAGAGAAAAGGCUCCAUGGUAGGGAGGAGCCAGCCCAAGCUGGGGCCUGCCUCCAGAAGGCAUUGGAUGACAAGAUAUCUGAUCUGGUGGGGUUCCUGCUCCUCAAGUACCGCACUAAGCAGCUGACCACGAAGGAAGCGAUGCUGAGAACCAUCCCCAACAAUGAUGAGGAGGACUUCUCUGUCAUCCUAAGCCAGGUGUCUGAGUGCAUGCAUUUGGUCUAUGGCAUUGAUGUGAAGGAAGUAGACCCACAAUCGCACAGCUAUGCCUUGGUCACUACAUUGGGCCUCACUUAUGAUGGCAUGGUGGGCCCUCAGCAAACCAUGCCCAAUACCGGCCUGCUGGUGAUGGUCCUGGGGGUCAUCCUUCUCGAGGAAGAUUGUGCCUCUGAGCAGGCUGUCUGGGAGCAAUUAAGUUUGAUGGGGGUUUAUCCAGGCAGGAAGCACUUUAUCUACGGGGAGCCCAGGAAACUCCUCACCAAUGUGUGGGUGCAGGAGCAGUAUCUGGAGUACCAGCAGGUACCCGGAAGUAUCCCUGCCCGCUUCCAGUUUCUCUGGGGCCCCAGGGCCCAUGCUGAAACCAGCAAGAUGGACGUCCUGGAUUUUUUGAUCAAUGUCUAUAUUAGCGAACAAAAGACCCUCCAGUGUGUAAGUCAAGAGCCAUGUUGGAAGAAGAGAAGGAAUGGGCCUGAUCAGGUGUAA